UCAGCCUGGUCCCAAACCUUUGGAUGCAGGCACUGAAGCAUAGGCCACUCGCAUCACCGUGGUUUCUCGUAGAAGCCAUCAACAAGGAAAGUAAACGUCGCAAAAUGGCGCCAAAGAAGAAGCCAGAGUCCGAUCCUAGUGGAAUGUUCUCAGGCAUGGUGGUGUUUUUGGUUCCCAAAGGAGUCCAAGUCCGUCGACUCCAGAUUUGGAAGGAGAGGUUGGUGCGAAUGGGGGCUGUGAUAGAGGAGCGCCUCUGCAAACGGGUCACUCAUGUUUUUGCUAUGAACUCAGAUACGCUUCUUCAACAACUGGAUAGGGAACGUUUGACACGUUUUAAAGGGAGAGUUCUCAUUUAUCAAUGGCUGGAGGACUGCUUGAAAUCAGGGGAGAUAGUACCUGAAGAUAUGUAUGUGCUGAACUUGAAUUCUCAAGGCAAACCUGAAAAGUCUUGGGACCCUCAACCAUGUCAGAGCGAUCCUCAGCAAUUGCAUAAUAAUAAAAAGACCAAAUACACGGAAAUUAUAAAUAAUGAAAGUAACGAUCAGGGAGGGAAAAAUGUUUCACUUUUAUCAACAAGCAGCCAUGAGGAAGGUGAUAGUUUAAGUUAUGGAAAUAUAAGACCUCAACACCUUGAUUCUGAAAGUGACGAUUCAUCUUCAUCAUACUGUCCACCUGAUCAAAACAAAAACAUAACAGAAAUAUUUGGGAAACUUGUAACCAUAUAUAGAGCAUUGGGAGAUGAUCGAAGGUCCUUUAGCUAUUACAAGGCUAUUGCUGUUAUUGAGAAGUUGCCAUAUAAAAUUGAAAGUGCUGACCAGAUAAACAACCUGCCAUCUAUUGGAAAAUCAUUGAAAGAUCAUAUUCAAGAGAUCAUAACUAGUGGGAAGUUAUCCAAAUUAGAACACUUUGAAGCAGAUGAGAAGGUACGGACAAUAUCAUUAUUUGGUGAAGUAUGGGGCAUAGGACCAUCCACAGCAUUGAAAUUGUAUGAGAAGGGACAUCGUUCAUUAGAUGAUCUUAGGAAUGAUGGCUCACUUACAAAUGCACAAAAGUUAGGGCUGAAAUACUUUGAUGAUAUCAGAGAACGGAUUCCACGCCAUGAGGUUCAGGAUAUGGAACACAUUUUACAAAAAGCUGGGGAGGAAGUUUUACCUGGGGUUGUUAUCAUCUGUGGGGGAUCAUAUAGACGUGGGAAAGCUACCUGUGGAGACAUUGAUAUCAUAAUAACACAUCCCGAUGGACAAAGUCACAAAGGAUUUUUGCCAAAGUUUGUAAAACAUUUAAAGCAUAUGAAUUUCCUAAGAGAGGAUUUAAUUUUCAGUACUCACAGUGAAGAGGGUUCUGAUUCUGGUGUGGACACUUACUUUGGUUUUUGUACCUAUCCUGGGCAGGAGUUGCGUCGUCGUAUUGAUUUGAAGGUUUACCCAAGACAGAUAUAUGCAUUUGGACUAAUAGCAUGGACAGGAAACGAUGUGCUCAAUAGGAGGUUGAGGUUGCUAGCAGAAUCUAAAGGAUUCCGGCUUGACGAUACUGGGUUGUUUCCAGCCACACAUGGUUCUGGCAGCAAACGGGGUGCAAAAGGUAGUGCAAGUUUGAAAUUUAAUACUGAAAAGGAGGUAUUUCAUUUCCUGGACUUUCCUUGGCUUGAACCACAUGAAAGAAAUCUCUAAAUAUACGCACCAUUUGUGAGAAAUGUCCUGCUUGCUCUCUGCAUUCAACUUUUAGGAAUAUGGUGAUGCAUUUAGCAAAUGCCUUAGUUUUAUUCUCAGGGUGCUGCUUUGUAAAUAGACACUUGUAAGAUACAAUCGCACUUCUGACUUCGGUAUUUUUUUGUACACAAUGGCACCAUAAAAUGAGAGCAGUUUUGCUGGAUGGACUUAUUUACAAUAUAUUAAGUUAAUUGUCAUUACUGCAGUUUAA